GGCCGGCUGCUGGUGGAGGGUGGGGGUGGGACAAAACACCUUUCUCCGCGGCCUAGCGGCGCCGGGGAAAUAAACUCGGUGGCCACUUGGGCCCAGUGCCGGACAGGGCCUCGGGCGCCUCGCCUCGGGCCGGUUCCGGGUGUAUGGUCAGUCUCAGGGUGUUUGGCGAUGGGAUUCUUGGGUCAUGUACUUAAGCUUUGAAAAUGGGACACGUCACAGUUUUGCUUUUCCCGGAGACAAGAAGUCUUUUGCAGAAAGACAGCUCACAGCUACAGUGAAACGGGAGAACUGCUUGGCUCAGGAUGGCUAGAGAACCAAGGGAAAGCACAACCCUGGACUCGCACUCUGCAGAGGACCAGAUGGAGCUACUGGUCAUAAAGGUGGAACAGGAAGAGGCCUCCCCCUUGGCAGAGGAGGCCAGUUGGCUGGGCAGCCCCGGGCCCGACCGCUCCCGCCAGCGCUUCCGUGCUUUCCGCUACCCUGAGGCAGCCGGACCCAGGCAGGCGCUGAGCCGCCUCCGCGAGCUCUGCAGACAGUGGCUGCGGCCAGACGUGCACAGCAAGGAGCAGAUCCUGGAGCUGCUGGUGCUGGAGCAGUUCCUGACCAUCCUGCCAGGGGAGCUGCAGGCCUGGGUGCGCGAGCAGCACCCCGACAGCGGGGAGGAGGUGGUGGCUCUGCUGGAGUACUUGGAGAGGCAGCUGGAUGAGACGCCUCCGCAGGUUCCAGAUGAUGACGAUGGGCAGGAACUCCUUUGUUCCAAGGCAGUACUGUUGUCAUCAGCUCAGGGCUCAGAAAGUGGCCAGGUGGAGCCCAUGGAGCCUCUGCUGAAGCAGGAGUCUUUGGGAGGCCUGCCGUCAGAAGUCAGAGUCACCCAGGGGGGCCACUGCGGAGAAGAUGGAGUGUCAGCUACCAGGCUCACUUCAGAGUUGCAGGGGUUGCUGAAAAUGGAAGAUGUAGCCCCAGCCCUUUCCCCCAGAUGGACGGAACAGGAUUCAUCUCAGAUGAACCUCUACAAAGAUGGAAUGCAGGAGAACCCUGGGAGCCUGGUCUCCCUGGACCAGGAGAUGCAGGCUAAGAUUAGGGACUUGCCUCCAGCCGGGGAACACAUGGAACAAAAGCCCGAGCAGACAGUGUGCUUCCUGGGGGACGACACUGUCCAGGUUCCUGCAGGUGCGGAAGCCAGUGAGCAGGACAGCAAGUUACAGACAACACAGAAGAGUGCCACAGGAGCUAGGCGCUUCUAUUGCCGUGAGUGUGGAAAGAGUUUUGCUCAGAGUUCAGGCUUAAGUAAACACAAAAGAAUCCACACUGGAUUGAAGCCCUAUGAGUGUGAGGAGUGUGGCAAAGCCUUCAUCGGGAGCUCAGCUCUCAUCAUUCAUCAGAGGGUUCACACGGGCGAGAAGCCGUAUGAGUGUGAAGAGUGUGGCAAGGCCUUCAGCCACAGCUCAGACCUCAUCAAGCACCAGAGAACCCACACCGGGGAGAAGCCCUACGAGUGUGAGGACUGUGGGAAAACCUUCACUCAGAGCUGCAGCCUCCUUGAACAUCACAGGAUUCACACCGGGGAGAAGCCCUACCAGUGCAACAUGUGUCCCAAAGCCUUUCGGCGCAGCUCACAUCUCCUGAGACACCAGAGGACCCACACUGGGGAUAAAGAUUAUUUUGUUCCAGAACCUUACUGGGAAAGCCAGAGUAGGGUGGAAAGCCAUUGGGAAAACAUUGAGACUCCUGUGUCUUAUCAAUGCAAUGACUGUGAGAGGAGCUUCAGCAGGAUUACAAGCCUUAUUGAACACCAGAAAGUCCACACUGGCGAGAAACCCUUUGAGUGCCAAACAUGUGGAAAAGGCUUCACCCGACCUUCUUACCUUAUUCAGCAUCAGAGAAGACACACGGGGAAGAAAACCUCUGUCACAGUGACCCCUGCUGUACAUUCCGAAGUUAGUGUUCCCCUGCCGUUGAACUGAAGCCAACCCACAGUUCUCGCUGACUGCAGGCGUGGGCUGGGCUCUAUUUAAUAGUGCACAUCCUCAGAUAUUAGGGACCUGCCUGAGACUCCUUAGCUUCUACAUUCUAGAAGGUGACUAGAAAAAAGAACUGAAAUCACAGGCGGUUAUGAGAGAGUUGUCUGCGAGAGUUCUCACCAUUGGAUUCCGACGGGCUUCCUGCCUGGCACAUGGCCUUCCCUUGGCCUGCACGUCAUGUCUCCUGAGGGAAUGCUUAGGCUUGGGGUUGUUACUCUGACCCUUCGUUAGGCUAAUGAGCCCUUCACAUGUGGUCAGACUUGGAACUCGUAGGUCCUGUUUUGUGCCUUGUAUACAGGUGCUAAUAAACAUUAAGUAUAGGGGUGAGAUUUCCUACAUAGCUCUGAAAACCCAUUAUUAUCUGGAAAUUCUCACCAAGGCCAUUUGUAUAUCUUUAAAGAAAAAGAAAAUGAUGUUUUAGAUUGAAUAAGUGUAGUACUGCUUUGUUUUGUUUUUGUUUUUUGCCAAGAACCCCAACUUGGCAGGGCAGGGGUGAAGGUGAGGUUACCGUGCUAGAAUCCUUUAAUUCUUUACCUAAUUUAGGAAUUCUGUGAGAGUGCCUUAAACAGCUUCCUUAGCAUUAGGUCAUUGUGAAUAUGCCACCCAUGGAAUUCCACUAAUAUUUUUUUCUGUUAAUUUUAUUACUCUUGGGAGAAAAAAAGAAAAAAAAAACUUUGCUACUCAUGUAGUGUGCAAACCAGUUUCAGAAUAAAGUGAUCAAUGUCUAAGA